ACAUGAUCAUUGAGAUGCCAGAUGGCUACCGCACGCCGGGUCCCCCACUGGACCUGGAGCCUGGCCAGACAGCCAUGAGCCCACACCUCGGACCUCCCCACCCUGGACCCCCUCACCACCCUUUCAUCCACGGAGCUGGUACUCCCCCAUACAUGACAGGUGGCGGUGGGCACUCCCCAAGCGCGCCUGUACCACCUCACCCCAUGGCUGCCCCAUUCCCAUAUUCAGAGCCUCUACCACCCUACCAGACACCCAUGACAGCAGCAGCAGCGGCGGCGGCGGCGGCAGCAGCAGCAGCUGCAGCAGCUAGUGGCGGGGUCAGCGUGCUGGCAGGUGGUCCAGCCAGUGACCUCAGUUCGAAUGGAUCCAACCCAAGUUACCCAGAGUUUCCACCGUCCCCAGACUCCUGGCUCGGGGAUAUGCAGCAGGAUCAUCACCCACAAUACUAACUCCUCAAUAAGCCCAUCCAUUUUUCUCAAAACGAACAUCAUACAUGCUUACCCUGGAACUUAUGCUCAUUACUAACCACCCAAAAUGCUAAGUUUGACUAAAAUUCAAAAGCAGUAGUUCUACUAUUCAUGUUUAGUUAUAUUUAAUAAGUGAUAUACAGUACUUUAAAAUGCCUCAAAUCAUCCAACAAUCAGGUGGUUUCAUGCCUUUUUGUUUCAGUUGUGGAGAGGCAGUAGCUCAUGGUGGAACAACAUUAGUACAGAAUGGUUUUAUCAUGGUGUUACACACAAUUUGUUUCUAGUGAAAAUUCAACAUUAAGAAUUCCAUUAUUUUCAUCUUGGAUAAUAUUGAUGUGUUCCUUUCCUAGACUUGUAUAGUAAUGUACCAUAUUGUUAAAAACAAUGCUCUCAAUGUGAGAAAAGUAUAGUUUAAUCUGACAGACAGUACUGAAUUUCAAUAUAAUGAUGUGUAAAGUACAAUAUGUAAUUAGUUCAUAAUAUUAAUAUUCUGACCAAAGACAUUUGUGUCCAGAGCAAAUCAUUGACUAUACAUACCUCAAAACAUUCAUAAUAUAGCACUCGCCAAGAUGACAACUAUGAUGAAGGUGCUCCUCUGUACAAAAAAGGGCUCGUCUUUCCUCUACUAUCUGUCACAAUCGCUGGUAACAUGCCACUGUGUAAUAUAUUCAGAUCCUUACCUUACUGCCUGGAAUGGAUACUCCUCAAAUAUUCAGGACAUAUUUAUACCUUGUUUAACCUUUGUACCAAAGAAAACAAACCAAAGUUCUUACAGUACUAGUCAUUUGUGUAAAAAAAACACAUGUCCAAAUAACUUUACUGCAGUGCUUAGCCACUACAUACCAUCAGAACAAUGGCAUCAAACUAAUUAUAUUUCCAGUCUUUAUGUAGAUCAUAAGUAUGAGUACGCAAUCAAAAUAUGGUAGUAAAAUACCUUCACCUAGUCAUACACAUGUACAAAACUAGUCAAAAUGGUUUAUCGGUCAAGAUUAUUUCUGCUUAUGAUGUAUGUUUUGGGAUUAAGAUACCUUUGCAUGUUGGAAGUCUGUUGAAGAUCAGUAAUUAAUGAAGUCAGCAAUUUAAGCUUUCCUGUUAUAUGGUUAGAAAUUAUCUAAAAGGAAUUAUUGGUUGGCAAAAAUGGAAGCUAAUUCUUUACUCACAGUAGCUAAAAUACUAAAAUUGCAAGCAUCAAUAUUACUAUGAAAAAAUUAAUUUUACAGAUCGUGCAAAGAUAUGAUCAUGAAGAAAGAUUAAAAGAUUUUAAAAAAAUCUGUAUUUACAUGGGAAUAACCAAAGUCUCUGAGAGAUCAUUAGCAUUAGUAAGUAUAUGGGUGGUAAAACAGCCUCCAGGGUUUGCUGCUGAGUUUUACCUUGAAGUUCAAGUGGGUGAGCAGGCUGUCCUUAACCAGAAUGUCUGAGCCUCUAGUGCGUGGGUUACCUGGUCGUCAGGUUAAUCGAAGUCCUCCGCAAAUAGUACCGAAUAGACUGCCUAUUAUAAAAAAACAAGUGCUGUGGACAAUUGUAUCAGAUGCUAAAAUCUUGGUGCAUGUCUAAAUGCCAAACUUUAAGUGACACAAUUGCAUUGUGCAAUUGCACUCGGAAUACAAGCACUUGGGUUCCAAUGAAUGAAAACGGACAUGGCUACUACUGGAACCAAGUCUUUUGCCAGAAGGCCAUUGUCUUCAGUGAAAGUCUCUCCAUAAUCAGUGACCAGACCUGAUGAUGUACAUAUACUUAAAAUGUGAUGGUCACAAAGGACAAUGGCAGGUGUUAUGAUGAAAGGAUAUUUUUUAUGUAGCUAAUUUGUGUUUGUCCUUUCAUGGAAGAGUUUUAAAUGUAUAUAUCUAUAUGAACUGGAUUCUCUCUUGAAGGGAAAGUAGAAUACCUUUUGCCAAUGUUGUGAAUUAGAAAAUAUUUGUAUAUAAAGAAAAAAUCUGCAAUUUGUGUGGUAUGAGAGUGAUUAAGAUUUUCUGUAUUGGUACCUAUAUGAUUUUGCAAUAUACCAAAGAUACACCAAGUAUGAUAUUUAAGCCUACUGUAUAAUUUUGAUGUUAGGGUGACUUGUGUUGGAAGUCUUGAAUUUCAUUACUGUAUAAUGACCCGAGUGAAAAUUUUUUUUUAUACAGUUCUUACAAGUCUUAGUUUCCUUGCAUGGAGAAAAAUUAAUACAAUUAUUUUUUACCCAAAUGUAGUUUAUUGUAAAGUUUGCAGUGGAAAUGGCUAAUGAAUAAUGAUUUUGUGUUGACAGUGUACCUGAUUAGAGAGAAGCUACAAAUUGAAUUAUGUCAUCUUAAUCUCAAACCGUGAAUAUGAAGCAUCUAUGGUUAGAUAUCCAGUGAUAUAAAACUGAAGGGGAUUCAGGUUCAAGAAACUGGUCUUUUCCAUAGUGCUCUACUGUAUAUUGUAGCCUUUCGCAUCUCUGACUUGUUUUAUACUCUAGUACUGUACUAUUCCCUAUUAUGUGCUUGUUCUUCUUCAUUAGUUUUGUACAUAACAUUAUUGGAUGUGUGUGAAGCUGAAUGGGAAUACUCAUGUCUGUUUCUUAUUAAUCAUUGACAAAACAUUAAUUUGAAACAGACACAUCAGGAUGAUUUCAUCAGUCAAUGUAGCAUCUUAUUUCAGUGUCAUUUAUACAUAAGUUUUAAUAUCACUGGGAACUGUGUAUCUGCUAUGUAGACAUGUACGUGUCCAAUGUAUGUAAUGAAGACUUGAUGUUCUUCUUGUAUUUUCAUCCCUGGCCAAGUUAACAUGAGCUAGAUGUUUAGUCUUGUAUUUGGAUAAUUUAUCAAGACGACUACUGUACAUAAAUUCAUUUAAACAAGCAGGAAAGCUAAUAUUUCCCUUGUUAUAAAUGUAAUAUUUUCCUAUGAUCACCAAAGACAAUUAUUGCUGAGGUAAACUAUUCUCAAUUUUGUCAAUUUAUAUGACCAACACAUCAAUAAGAAAGACACUAAUAUAUGAUAAGAAGUGGAUAAUUGUUUGCCGUUACUAAAUUACACUGACCACCUUUAUAAGUUUGUUCCCCUUUAAAUAUAUGAGCAUUUUCCUUCAAGUUUCAUUUAGAAAUAAUCUACCUUGUGUAAACAUGGCCUUUUGAAUGGUACAAUUUCAAAACUAUUUUUGUUUGAAGGGGAUCCAAGUGUGGCCACCUGGGGAAAUGUUAUAAAUAAAAUCUGAAAUGUCUGAUAUCAAAACAUUAACAUAUGUAUAUCAUUUAAUGCAUCUUUUGAUAUAUUGUCAUUUUGAUAAGCCUUCAAACUAGCUUUUUGUUACAAUAUCAGUAAGCUGUUACCAGUAUGCCUGAUAAUAAGAAAUACUUUAUGUUGAAUAAAAGAUUUUGAAAUGCAAGAUAACUAAUUAUUAAUUUUUUGAUAGUGCACUUCAGAAUUUUUGUGUGGAUGCAUUUUUUCUCGGUUUACCAUCAAGUGAUUCCUACCAACUCUGGUUACUUACUCUAUCCUAUGGACAGAGAACUGCUCAUUAUGCAGUCUUUUACUAGAGAUCACUCACCUACACGCUUAACAUUUCAUGCAGCACAAAAUCAGAUAUUCUUUCACUCAACGAUAGCACUUAUGAUUUGUUUGUUGUGUUGUGAGAAAGCCAGGCUAGAUAAUGAAGUAUUCAGAGUGUUAAGACAGAGGCAGCCACAGAAAUCAUAUAUAAAUAGAUAUAUAUAUAUUAUUUGUACCAAUAUUGAUUUACUCUUUACUGACAUUAUGGAUGUUUGCUGUAUGUUCAUCUUGACUCACUUGGCUGGCUGGAACUAAAACAAGAAAGCCUUCCAGCUAGAAACAUAAGAAAUGUAUAAUAAAUGAAUUUAUGUAAAAA